AUGAAGGACGAUUUUAGGAGGAGCAGUAAUACCACUACUAAAUCUGGAUAUAACUCUUUUAUUCAUAAACUUUAUACAUUACUAGAAGAUGAAGUAUUGGACGAUUUAAUAUGGUGGUCUGACGAUGGAAUAUCCUUUCAUAUUAAACCAGUUGAAGAAUUUAGUCAGAUGUUAUCGAGAUACUUUAAACAUACUAAUAUCACAAGUUUUGUCAGACAAUUGAAUAUUUAUGGGUUUCAUAAAAUUAACAACUUUAUUGAUACUACUAUAUUAGAUAAUGUAGACUAUAAAACUACCGUUGAUGAUAGUAGGACUAGUAGUAAUAAUAAAAGUAACAAUAAUAAUAGUAAUAGUCAAAAAACAAAGUCAAGUAAUAAUAGUAAUGGUGUUGAGCCUAUAAAGAUAUGGGAAUUUAGACAUAGUACAAAUUUAUUUAGAAAGGGUGACACAGUAUCUUUAAAAUACAUUAAAAGAAGAUCACCAUCAUCUAAGAAUAUUUAUUCUUUAGCUAAUAACAGUAGCGGUAAUAACAAUAAUAUUUUUCAACAAAGGCAUAAUUCUAGUGAUAAUCCAUUAUUUCAUGAUAAUCGUUUUAGAUUUAUAUCGUCUCAUUCAGAAACUUCAUUAAACCAUUAUCCUCAUAAUCAGCAGUUGUACAUAAACGAUAAUACUUUGAAACACUGUAGUCCGAUUAGAACUGUGUCAAAUGAGUAUGACCCCUCAAUUAUAUCCCCUCAUAAUCCUUAUCCUUAUCAUCACUAUCAAUCCUAUCCACAACCUAAUCCACAUUCUCAAUCACAUGUCUCUUCUUCCUCUCUUCCUAACUCAAAUAUGGCAUAUAAGGUCAAACAAGACACUUUGAUUGAGGACUUAAAGGAUACAAAUUUGGAUAUGUUGAAGUUGGUAGAUUUGCUAGGGUUGUUUAUAUCCAUUUUGUCAGAUAGCAAUGUUAAUAAAAAUGAUGUCAAUCUACCGAAUCAGUAUGGCAAUUUACAAAACGAUCUUCAAAUAUUCAAACAAAAUAUAAUUAAUAGAUGGAAUAAAAAUAUUGAUAUAUAUCAAAGCGUUUUAUCAUCUCUGAAUAAUAACAAUAGUAAUAGUAACAAUAAUAUUAAUAAUAAUAUCGAUACUACAACUCUUCAACAGCAGAAGGUAGUUCCUGUUGUCCAUGGACAAUCGGUUCAAACAAUCGUCCCUACCACAGUUGCUGGAACUGGAAUCCCUACCGCACAUGUGGUUGGUUAUUAUCCUUAUCAUCCACCGAUACCAUUCAACCAACCUUAUGUAAUUCAAAAUACUCAACCUAGUAAUACAUCAAAUUAUCCAAUUAAUCAAACAUUUCAUAACAAAAAUGAAAUGACGAUGAUGAACCCAUUUGAAAAUGGAAGUGGUUCAACUAAAAGAAAUAUGAGUGUCUUUAUUGAUCCAUUAACCCCUGUAGCUCAUCCUAAUAGUACUGGCACGCCAUCUCUGAUAAAACCAGAUCCAAUAAAUAAUACCAAAAGUGUCAAUAGUGCUAUUGCUACUACUACUAACACUAAACUACUAGCUCAUAGAGGAUCGUCCGUUUCUUCUGUCUCUAUUGCCUCUAUAGUUGACCCUCAUAGAAGAACACCAGAGAGUUUAUUAAAAGAAACUUUUGAUCAUGGCAAUAGUAGUAAUAUUAGUAAAUCAAAUAUCUCUAGGAAUACAAGUCCUCUGGUUAAUAAUAUCGAUGAAGAAACCAAAAAUAGAUUAUCUAGUAUUAAGCAGGAACAAACACGGCAAUGUAUUACACCUCAAUCAUCAGUAUCAUUAGGUAAAGAUGAAAAGGGUUACAUUAAUCUGGGUGAUACCACAACCAACGAUGCUAAUGAAACUAGGAAUAACAAUGAUGACUCUAAUACCAUUGAUAAUAUUGGUACGAACAAUAGUAUUGGUAAUAAUCAGAAAGUGGCAUCCAAUGUGCAAAAUCAUUCUGUACAUAGUUAUACAGUUAAGGAUAUUUUGAAUGAUGAGACCUCCGAGUAUGAUGAUUCACAGUCAGAUGGUCAUAUCAACAAAAAGAUUAAAACUACAAAUUAA